CCCACGCACGUCACUCAGCAAACCUUUUUCCAACCCAUUGUUUAUUUCAACCCACCUCGAGCAACCCAGCUCACAACCACUUCCUUUGCUCCCCUCUUCACCGUCACUAAAUCGAUCCACCUUUCAAACCUGCAACCAUGUCUCUCUCCAACAAGCUCUCAAUCGAGGACGUCGACCUCAAAGGCAAGCGCGUGCUGAUCCGAGUCGACUUCAACGUGCCGCAGGACAAAUCGGGCAAAAUCACCAACAACCAGCGCAUCGUCGGCGCUGUGCCCACCAUCAAAUAUGCCAUUGACCACGGCGCCAAAGCCGUCAUCCUGAUGUCCCAUCUCGGCCGCCCAGAAGGCCAGAAAGUGGAGAAAUACAGCCUCAAGCCCGUCGUGCCGGAGCUGGAGAAGCAGCUGGGCGUCAAGGUGACGUUCGCGAAUGACUGCGUCGGCCCGGAGACGGAGAAGAUUGUGAAUGACACCAAGGACGGCGGGGUGGUGCUGCUGGAGAAUCUGCGCUUCCAUAUUGAGGAGGAGGGCAGCAGCAAGGACAAGGAUGGGAACAAGACCAAGGCCGACAAGGCGGAUGUGGAAAAGUUCCGGAAGGGCCUGACGGCGCUGGGCGAUGUGUACAUCAACGAUGCUUUUGGCACCGCGCACCGCGCGCAUAGCAGUAUGGUGGGCAUCGACCUUCCGCAGAAGGCGGCGGGCUUCUUGGUGAAGAAGGAGCUGGAUUAUUUUGCUUCGGCGCUCGAGGAUCCCAAGCGCCCCUUCCUCGCUAUCCUGGGGGGUGCGAAGGUGUCGGACAAGAUCCAGCUGAUUGACAAUAUGCUGGACAAGGUCAACUCGCUCAUCAUCUGCGGCGGCAUGGCGUUCACGUUCAAGAAGGUGCUGGACAACAUGCAGAUUGGCAACUCGCUGUUCGACGAGAAGGGGAGCCAGAAGGUCAAGGAGCUGGUGGAGAAGGCGAAGAAGAACAAGGUGGAGAUUACGCUGCCCGUCGACUUCAUCACGGCGGACAAGUUCGACGCCAAUGCCAACACGGGCUACGCGGACGAGGGAGAGGGCAUUGAGGAUGGGUGGAUGGGGCUCGACUGCGGCGACAAGAGCAUCGAGUUGUUCAAAAAGGCCAUCAACGAUGCCAAGACGAUCCUGUGGAAUGGGCCGCCGGGCGUGUUUGAGAUGGACAAGUUUGCAAAGGGCACCAAAGCGACCAUGGAUGCGGCCGUGCAGGCGGCGCAGAAUGGCAAGAUUGUCAUCAUUGGUGGUGGAGACACCGCGACCGUUGCCGCGCAGUAUGGCGUGGAGGACAAGUUGAGCCAUGUAUCUACCGGCGGCGGAGCGAGUCUGGAGUUGCUCGAGGGCAAGGAUCUACCGGGCGUGAGCGCGCUGUCGAGUAAGUGAGGAGACACGUUUCAAGCAUGACAGCGCGGAGGAGGCCGC